AUGAGUGGCGAAAUUUUCUCGAAUGAAACUGAUUAUGAUACAGAUACUACAAGUUGUACAUCAAUAGCAACAGAAAUUAUUUUCUAUAUUUUCUUAUUGUUAGAAAUUUCAUCAGUUUUAUGUAGUUUAUUACUCUUCUACUAUUUUAUUCGUUUACGUGAAUAUCUCUAUCGAGAUCACUCCAAUAUAACGAUUCUCUAUUUAGUAAUUGCUUCAUUUCUAGUAACUUCAAUCGAUAUGCCAAUAAUUAUAAUACAUCUUCAAAAUUGUUAUUACAUUGGAUCGAUGAAAGAUUCAUCUGCAUUUUGUACCUUUUGGAUCUUAUGUGAUUAUAUCUUCUAUUCAUUAAAUUUAUGGUUAAUAGCAUUUGCCUGUUUUGAACGUUAUCUAUCGAUAUUUUUCAAACAAUUUAUUAUGAAAAAUCGAAUACGACGUUUUCUUCUAUAUUAUGCAUCAGUUAUAUUCAUAACAUUAUUCGCUGUAUUCUGGUAUCUAUAUUUAACACUAAUUUAUCCAUGUGCACAAACUAGUUUUGAUUAUACACAAAUAACAUGCGGUGGUUCGUGCUAUGAAUUUGUUGAUGAUCCGGUGAUUCAAAACAUCGAUUGGAUUAUAGCUGUUCUAUUACCAACUUUCUUAGUGAUUUUCUUCAUUCUUAUAUUGAUAUUACACGUUCUUUAUCAAAGACAUAAGAUUAGCAGAGUUUCAACACAACGAAAUACAUGGAAACGUACACACAAGAUGUUUCUUCAACUUGUACCAAUUGGAUUUAUAUUUUUAGCAUUUAAUAUGCCAUUAAUUAUUGUUGGAAUGCUUGGUAUUACUAAUUCAUGGUAUUAUACGACAUUUUACAGUUAUACUAAUUCGUUUUGGUAUUGUUUACCACUCUUGAUGCCAUUUGCCAUUCUGUCUAGACAGAAAGAAAUACUAGAACGACUCCGUAUUUUGUUUAAUUUACAAGGAGCAAACCGAAUUGCAUCACCCGAUGGAACUGCCUAA